GGAGAAAGAUGUGGAUGAGGGAGUUCCCAGUGAGACAGAAGAGGACAGGCGGCUGCAGGAGAACAGAGCAAAGGAGAUACGAGAGAUUCUACGAAGGAAAGAUGAGCAGAUCAUCUCAUUAUUGGAGGAGAAGGUCCACAUCUUCAGAGAGCUGGGCGACUGUAAUAUCGCCCCUGAUGAUAUAAACCCACCAGUCAAGGAACGGAUGUUAUUCAGGGCCACGCCUGAUGAUGUCACAAAGGGGGAGCCAAUCAUAAAGGAUGCCCUGAAGGAAUUGGAGACCCUGCAGGCUUUAGUCAGUAGUGGUGUUGGUGGAGCAGAAUGCAGUCUUGCAGUUGGCCUGACAGGAGGCAGUGUGGGACCGGUCUCUUUGCCCAGGAGAGCUGAGACGUUCGGAGGCUUCGACAGUCAUCAGAUGAACAGUAGCAAGAAUGGAGAGAAGGAAGAGGGGGAUGACUCACUGGACCUCCGCAGGACUGAGUCAGACAGCAUAUUGAAGAAGGGAGCCACUGCCAGCCUACAGAUAUUCCUGAAGAGAUACAAUGAGGUCAAGCACAGUGUGACAUAUCUUCACGACCUGCUGAUUUCACUGCAGGCUGUAGUGGUCCAGCAGGACUCAUUUAUCGAGGACCAGCGGCAGGCCCUGACCGACCAGCUCACCGCUAACUCCUCCAGACACUCAUUCUCUUCCUCGCUCUCAUCCUCUUCCUCAUCACGACCCUCCUCCCUCAUUGAGCAGGAGAAACACAGGAGUGUGGAGAGACAGAGACAAGAGGCAGCCAGCCUGCAGAAACAGCAGGCUGCACACCAGGAAGAAAAGAGAAGGAGAGAAAAGGUAUGGGAGUUGAAGGAGAAAGGUCUGGCAGAGCGGGAGGAGAGGCUGAGGAUGGAGGAGGACGAGACCAGGAGGAAGCAUCGGGAGCUGACGGAGGACCGAGAGAUGCUGCAGAGGAAGAAAGAGGAGUACCAGAGAGAGCUGGAGAUGCUGAGGGAGGCCCGUAGGAGGCUAGAAAGAGACACGGAGGCUCUGAGGAGAGAUACAGACAGCCUGGAAGCCAUGAAGAGAGACCAGUCGGAGCAGCUUCAGAAGUACCAGCGGACUCCCUCCACCACCUCUGAAGACUCCAUAAUUUUCCACAGCUCCGGGUCUCUGAAUCUGGAUUCAAAAGAAGCAGCAGAACAGCCAAAAGAGGUGGAGCUCUCAUCCUCUGCUCCAACCAAAGAGCUUUUUCUCCGCAUCGGAUCUAAGAGGAUGGGCAAAAACUUUAACCCCUUCUCCUCAUCCUCCUCCUCUAAGCCUCAGGGAGCACAGAAGGAGUCCCAACUACCCACAAGACUGCUCCAGCUGGCCAAACCCAAAGAGAACAAAGACAAGAAGAAGAAGAAGAAGAAGGGGAAAGGAGGGGAGCAGACACAGACAGAAAGCAAAGUGAUGUCGGAUCCUCAGAAUGAUGGCGAUAUAUUCUUCUGCUGAGGACCGGACGAUGCACAUGUGAACUUCUACCCUUCCAGAGAAACAAGAGAGCUGGCCAGUGCAUUAAACAGGACCAGAGUGACCCUUAACUCUCUAUUUGGAUCUAAAAUGUCCACGUGUCUUUGCUGACAUUCUGGCCCCUGGACACUGUCCCUGACUUCCUGUCAGACCAUCAUGGAUGAGAAGCCAGGUUCCCCAAGAUGACAGUCUGACUUACCUGCACGUGGCCCAAGUAAACAAAGGUAAUGACCUCCUCCCAGAGACACCAUGCGAAGUUCUGAUGAUUUAAUUGGGAUCAUCAAGAAUAUUCUUGGCACAUCGACAGAAUAGCUCCUCUCCAUCAAUUAGAGAUGUGAUGGAAAGCCAAGGAGGAUCAAACUGUAUCAGAGAAAAACAGAUUUCUUGAUUUCCUCCAGCUGUCAGUCAGCACACAUCACAUAAUGCUUCAAGUCAAAUCUCCAUAAGGCUUUAAGGCUUUAAACUUUGCAGACCUUAGCUUUACACAAUAAUAAGUGCCAAUUUCUAAUGGUUGUGGAGCUGUUGACUCAGUUACACAGUCCGGGCUGAACACUUGAGGAACUUUUAACCUAGUGUCUGAUUUGUGUGUCCCUACAUUGACAGCUUGUCAACUUAACUGAUAAAGUCAAGCUUAAAAAUGUAACAUAAGAUGGAGGAACAGAUAGCACCUGACAUGGUGUUUGUAGCACUAACCCAUGAACAAGUCUUCUGUUUCUCACUGUCCGACAUAAUCCAUCAAUGCCACAUCAGAGAGAUGGAGGAAUCUACAGAGACAGGCUUGUCUCACAGUCAGUGGACUGUGAGACAAGCCACAGGACACAAGACGUGAGUGGGAAUUUGGAUUAGCAAAGACUUAAGGCUCUCAUAUCGUCUCUUCCUACUGAAUUAAGUGCAUGCUGAAAUCAGAUGUUUUUAAUACAGCUGUUGUCAGAUCUUCAUCUCCAAUUUGUCUCAAAUAAUUCAUUAUUCUAUUUUAGUUGGUCAUGAAAUGUACCAGCCAGUACAAACAACAGCUCAGUAUGAGCUUUGUAGAAGAAUCAGAGCUCAUGGCAGUCAACACAACAGGAUCAGGAAUACAGUGCUUUUAUCAUGCAUUUUACAUACAUAAGAGAGUGAAAUCUAAUCAAUAAAUCAAAAUUUUCUUCUAUUUUUUAUCUCGCACACACAAGUUAUUAUCUUGUACUUAAAAUGAAUAUCAUCCAUCAGGACUUUUUGGGGGCUCCAUGCGUAUGCUGUCUUCUUUCAAACAUUUCACAUACUUUCAAAUUUUUACAUGUCCAUUUAAUUGAAAUUGUGUAAUGACAAGUGGGCUUCUGGGGAAGGGAUCCUUAAAGAGACAGGAUCUGUCUGUCUAUUUGUUUCAGACACAAUGAACAGCAUGAGGGCCCAAUUUAAGAUAAAUAAGGACUUUUUUAUGUAAAGCUACUCUAGUCCCAGAAUAAAAAUAUAAAGCUGCAAAUGAGCACGGAGGACUUCCUGUCACAUCAAUCAAUACCAAUCAUUGAUAAAGUCUAUCAUUAUAGACGGAAACCAAGUCCUUGACGAAUACUAGAGAUUGUCAGACACUAUAUUUAGGUCAGUUAAAGAGGAGCAGAGUAAUUUCCCCUGGUCUUUAAUAGUAUAUUUGAUCAUAGUGUGUUGGUAAGACACCCUCUUGUUUUCUGAUGUGCUUCUAUUUGUCAAAUUAGUUUUGCUUUUACUGAGUGGCACAUCCCUAAUUCUCUGCAGUUCCCUCUACUCUUUGUGGCUAGUCUUUAUUUUGAAACAAAGUAAACAAGUAAAUAAAUCAAAGUGAAUUCCUCUGCGACAGAAGAAUAUUGCUGUUAAAAAGAGAAACUAGAGUACUAAUGGAAUAAUGCUGCACAUUAUAUUGAUUACCAUGUAUGUGAUAUUUACUGGUCAUAUGAUUUUUCUAUAAAUAUUUUGUUUUAUUUUACACCUAGCAACUAUUUGAGAAUUUACAGUAUAUAUUAAAGUCAGGUUUAAUCUAGAGUCAUGCUUUUAUUUUGGUAGAGCAAAAAUAAAGUGUGCACUGAACUCAGGAUUUAUAAAGCAGUAAUUUUAGAUUUGUUCUAACUGUUUUGCAUUUCAUUGGAAAGACGGUUCAUAAGUGGAUCCUCUCUUCUGAAAUGAGAGAAGAUCAAAACUAUUUAAAAAGAGUUUCUCUUACACAAAAUCUACCUGAUGCACUGCAGAUAUCACUCUUAGAGAGGGAGCAAAAAGAGCAGCAUCUGUUAAUAUUCCACCCUUCCUGAAAAUCCUUCCCCUUAACCCUUUGUCUUGUCUGUACUCGUCCCCUCUCCAGCCUCGCUUGGUGUAUUGAUAACAAAUCAAGUAGAUGCCCUGAGUCUCACAUUCAUCCAUCCUCCCAUCUAUCCACAAUAGCUUUACAUUUGUACCACACUGAUUUUGUCCCCCAAUUUAUUUGAAGCUCUCUAAGCCAUUCAUGAUAUCUGAAUAAUAUUUCAGCCCACAGUGUGGUUUCCCGCCAUGCUGCUGAGAGGAACAGAUUUCUACUAAGCAGCACAUCCCUAAUUCACUGCAGUUCCCUCUCCUCUGUGUGGCUAGUUUUCCUUAGUCCCUCAGACUCAGAAGCAAAAACACAGUGAGGUCACUUUGGAAACCUAUUCAUAUUAUCGGAUUCACAUCAAAACCAGUAUUUUGACAGUAUCAUACAGCCUUCAUAGAUCUUAAAUAACGGAAAUGUGUUAAAUUAAAUGCAUUAGUUGUGCAUAUAAUACUGAUCUGCUCUGUAAAUAAGAUGCCCUGUAGAUAUUUCAUAGUUUGUUAUGAAAUGUUGUGAACUUCCAAAUUAAAAGAGAAAUUUCUAAGCUGUUAGAUUUCAACCCCUAUUAUUUCAUUAGUUUUGUUGUGUUUAAUGUUUAAUCAGGAUGUGUCGUGUAUAUUUUAUGAGCAUGUUUCUAAUUAACCUUUUGACUUUAUUUUAAGAUAAAUGAAGAAUGUAUGUUUAAAUACUACAGAUACUUCUUGUACAUUAAACAACCCAAGCUGUUUGAAACUUUAUAAAGUUUAAUCUUAAAAAGAUACAAGGUGUUCUUUUAUAUAUUAAAACCCAUCAUUUAUCCUUUUUAACGCUUGUCUACAUCUCCAGAAAAGUUGGGAUAUUUUCCAAAACGCAAUGAAAACAAAAAUCUGGGAUGUGUUAAUUCACAUAAACCUUUAUUUAAAUGGCAAAAGUAUUACCAUUGGUAGUUGUGUUACAUCAACUUUCCUUUUAAUAACACUUUCAGAUCGUUUGGGAAGUUAAGAUACUAAUUGUGCCAGUUUUGCAAUUGGAAUUUUUGUCCAUUCUUGCUUGAUACAAAACUUCAGCUGCUCAACAGUCUGUGGUCGCUGUUGUCUGAUUCUCCUCUUCAUGAUGCUCCAUACAUACAUUAGGAGACAAAUCUGGAAUGGUAGCAGGCCAGUCAAGCACACGCAACAAGCCACGCUUUUGUAGACCAUGACAAAUGAGGCCUUGGCAUUGUCCUACUGAAAUAAGCACGUAUGUACUGGGAAGAGACAGUAUGUCACAUAUGUUGAUGGCAAUGUAUGUGUCUCUAAAAUCUCAUUAUGCCUCUGCGUUGCUGAGAACUCGGAGGUCUCUCUUUCUCACAAAUUUUGGCACAAAGGGGUGAGCAACGACCCCUCCUUACUUGCAAAGACUGAGCCUUUGGUGGAUGCUACAAUUAUAAUCAAUUAUGACACUUCACCUGUUACAAAUUAACCUGCUUAUUGUGGAGUCUUCUAAACAGGUGUUACUUGAAUAUUCUGUGCAGGUUUCAAUCUUAUUUUAACUCUGUCCCAACUUUGUUGAGUCUGUUGCACGCACAAAACUCUGUUUAUAUUUACAAAAUACAAUUACACUGGUCAGUAAAACUAUUGAAAAUCUUUUCUUUAUACUUUUGUCAGUUAAAUAAAGGUUUAUGUGAAUGAAAAAAUCCCAAAUAUUUGUUUUUAUUGCGUUUCGGAAAAUAUCCCAACUUUUCUGGAAAUGGGGUUUGUAUAUUUCAAGCACCAACAAUUAGUGUAAACACAACAGCAAUGGUAGCAGCUGUGAUGAGGGAGAUUAGCUUAAAUACCAAUUUACACUUAUCAUCCACCUCCUCUCUGAUCUAGACAACCCCCUAAAGUGAUGUCCUUCAGUGGGUUAUGUCCAAACCACACGGAGUUAAUUUCACUGUAGUUUUAAUCAGUGGAAAUGAGCGUGUGCAGGGUCUUUCAGCUCAGUCCAUAAUCUGCAGCUUUUGGAUCCCUGAAAACAAAAUUAGCUGAAUCACAGAAACAACAUUUGAUCAGAGAUUUUUGUGGUUUUAAGAGGAAGUGAAACUUGAAACAUUAACUUUUGCUGAGAGGUAAGCAAGCUGGGAGACUUGGCUCUCUCCUGCUCUACAUUGUUCCCACUCAGUGUGCACUAGAAGUUUACUAAAACCAUUCAUGAGGAACUUUACAAACUCACAUUGGACCUUUUUGCACUGUGAGCUUUUUUAAAAAUGAUUUGUCCUAAAAACAGAAGGUACAAAGUAUGUUAUGUAAAACCAAAACAAGGGCAAAGCAAAAAAAAAUGUAAAUAUGUUUUAUGUACAAAUUUGAACCAAAGUAUUGAUGACUGUGUUUAGUUUGAUGUUUUUUUUUAAUAAAUAAUAAAGUUGUAUUUAACUGUCUUCUUCCUGUUUUGAAAAUGUACAUUUUCCCUAUUCAAUAAAUAACUAUGCUGUUUGUCAUGUCA